CCCGUAAUCUCGCGAGAUCUCCGCGGGGCAGGGGGCAGCGGCGCAGCCCUGGCGGCCGAGCGGGGCCGGUGGCCGCCGUUGGUUGGCGGCGAUGGCGGCGGACGGGCGCUGCUGAGGGGGCGGAGGGCAGCGCCGGGUCUCGGCUCCGCCGGGCGCCAUGAGCCAGGGCGGAGGGACGGGCAGCGAGAGCGGGGAGCCCGAGGCCAAAGUGCUGCACACCAAGCGGCUGUACCGAGCGGUGGUGGAGGCCGUGCAUCGCCUGGAUCUCAUCCUCGGCAACAAGGCAGCGUACCAGGAGGUGUUCAAGCCUGAGAACAUCAGCCUGAGGAACAAGCUGCGGGAGCUGUGUGUGAAGCUGAUGUUCUUGCAUCCCGUGGAUUAUGGCAGAAAAGCGGAAGAGCUGCUCUGGAGAAAGGUUUACUAUGAAGUUAUCCAACUCAUCAAGACGAAUAAGAAGCACAUCCACAGCCGCAGCGCCCUGGAAUGCGCCUACCGCACUCACCUGGUGGCCGGCAUCGGGUUCUACCAGCACCUGCUGCUCUACAUCCAGUCCCACUACCAGCUGGAGCUGCAGUGCUGCAUCGACUGGACGCACGUGACCGACCCGCUGAUGGGCUGCAAGAAACCCGUGUCUGCGUCGGAGAAGGAGAUGGAGUGGGCGCAGAUGGCGUGCCACCGAUGCCUGGUUUACCUGGGGGAUCUGGCCCGCUACCAGAACGAGCUGGCAGGUGUGGACACGGAGCUGCUGGCCGAGCGCUUCUACUACCAGGCGCUGUCUGUCGCGCCGCAGAUCGGCAUGCCCUUCAAUCAGCUGGGGACGCUGGCUGGGAGCAAAUACUACAACGUGGAGGCCACGUACUGCUACUUACGCUGCAUUCAAUCUGAAGUGUCCUUCGAAGGCGCCUCCGGGAACCUGAAGCGGCUCUACGACAAAGCGGCCAAAAUGUACCAGCAGCUGAAGAAGUGUGAGAGCAGGAAGCUGUCGCCCAGCAGGAAGCGCUGCAAAGACAUUAAGAGGCUGCUGGUGAGCUUCAUGUACCUACAGAGCCUUCUGCAGCCCAAGAGCAGCUCUUUGGAUUCUGAGCUGACGUCUCUGUGCCAAUCCGUGCUGGAGGAUUUCAACCUGUGCUUGUUCUACCUGCCUUCCCCUCCCAACCUGAGCUCAGUGAGCGAGGAUGAGGAGGAAUACGAGAGCGGCUACUCCUUCCUUCCCGACCUGCUCAUCUUCCGCAUGGUGAUCAUCUGCUUCAUGAGCGUGCACAGCCUCAGGCGUGCAGGCUCCAAGCAGUACAGCGCUGCCAUCGCUUUCACUCUGGCCCUCUUCUCUCACCUCAUCAACCACGUCAACAUUCGCCUGCAGGCGGAGCUGGAGGAAGGGGAGAACCCGGUGCCGGCGUUCCGCAGCGAUGGCGCAGAUGAGCUGGAGCCGCAGGAGCCCCUCAGCGCCACGGAGAAGGAAGGUGAGGCGGAGCUGCCAAUCACCACCCCAGAGAGGAGGAAACGGAAACACGACUGCAAGAAAAGCAAGAAAUACUCACGGCUUUCCUGCCUGCGCCGCCGCCGGCACCCGCAGAAGGCAGAUGAGAGCGACCUGAGCGAGGGCUUCGACUCCGACUCCAGCCAGGGCUCCACGAAGGGCAGCGACGGCUCCGACAGCGGCUCGGAGAAGAGCGACGAGGAAGCAGAGGCCGCUUUUGACGUGGAGACGGACUCUGACAUGAACAGCCAGGAGUCGCGGUCCGACCUGGAGGACAUGGAGGACGAGCCGGGCAAGGAGGGCAGCGAGCGAGGCCAGAGCGGGGCCAGGGAGGGCCUAAAAAACGGCGUGGAUGGCAGCGGGUCGGGGGACUGCAAGAACACGAGCGGCUCUAAAAUGGAGAGUGCGGAUCCAGCCGUAAAUGGGCCGGUGUCCCUGAGCGCCAGCGACGCCAGCAUCGCCAGCAACCUGCAGGCCAUGUCCACGCAGCUCUUCCAGACCAAGCGCUGCUUCCGCUUGGCCCCCACCUUCAGCAACAUCCUCCUGAAGCCCAGCACCGAGCCGCCCGCCUUGAAGGGCAGCUUGGCUGGCAAGCCCUGCGUCAAUGGCGAUGUGGAGAAGCCCAGCUCGGCAGAGCAGGACGUGUCUGACUCUGAGGAGAGCGUGUUGAGCGCCAAGUCGUGCAGGAACGAGCGGUCCCUGCAGGAGAAGCUGGAGAUUGUGAGCAACGAGGGGCUGCUGCUCACCGUCAAGGUGUUCCUGGACUGGCUGAGGACAAACACGGACUUCAUCAUCAUGUGUGCUCAGAGCUCCCAGAGCCUAUGGAACAGGCUGUCUGUGCUCCUCAACCUGCUGCCUUCUGCUGCCGACCUGCAGGAGUCAGGCCUGGAGCUGUGCAAGGAGGUUCGGGAGGUGCUGAGCGGCGCGGAGCUGCCGGAGCUUCGUGCCAACCUGCUGAUCCCUGAGGACGUGGCCCUGCGAAAUCUGCCCCCCCUGAGGAACGCGCACAGGAGGCUCAACUUCGAGCAGGACCGCCCCGUCUUCUCAGCAGUGGAGGAGGUGAGUGGGGCAGAUUCUGGUGCUGUGUGUAUGGUACUUUCCCAUAAAGCAGAGCCUGGCCUGAUUCCAGUCUGGGCCUGAGCUCCCGCUGGGUGCCACGGCCAUCCUGCGUGCCCAGAAAAUGCAGCCUUCUGUCCCCGUCAGAAGGGAAGGAAGGAUGGGGAGCAUCCUGAUGGCUUAAGGAUGCUGCUCUGAUGUGGGGACUGUGCUCAGUGAAUCGCAGCCCAGAGCAGUGCUCCAGCAGAAUCACAUCCCAUGUGAGCUCCACUUCUGCCAUCCUCACCCACAGCCUACGGAGAGGAGCGCUGUGCAUGC